CAGCGCAACAAUUUGAAAUAUACAGCGCGUGAAAACGAAAGAGCAACGACUGAAACAUAUCGCGAUCCAAGUGUCUUCCUACAAACGAAAAGAUAGUGAGGGAAAAUUGUUCGAUUUGUUUUUGUGUUAAUCGGGGUGUUUCGGAUAAUUUUUGUUUAAAAGGCCAUGACCUCGCCUAUAGUGGACUCGAUACGGACGAUUCCCUUGAUUGCUCGGAAGGGUAGUUCGCGAAAUCACAUUCCAAUGGACAUUGACGAAACUAGUGGCUUUCCCUUCGAGAGAGAUACGGACAGAGAUGGUCACUUCCGUUCCCAGCUAGAUGACAUUGCCAAACGACACCCAGAGUUCGCGGAGCACCUAGGUAACUUCUCGAGACGCCGACAGUCCAGCGGCGGUGACACGGACGACUUCCACAGACGCUUCGAACGACCCUUCACCGGCGCCGGCAACUUCGAGCGAUUCGGCUUCCCGUUCGACAGGGACAACUUCGACCCCGAACAGUACGCCCAACAGUUCUACAAGGAACAGCCCGAAUACCAGCAGCCCCAACAGCAAAGUUACCAACAUCCAAAUUACCAACACCAGUACAGUUACCAACCGCAAUCGCAGGAAUACCAACAGCCCCAGCAGUGCCCCCCACAGCAGACCACCGCGGAAGAGCCCUGCGCUUCUGAAAGCGGGAGGAAUAACAUCCAACAGAGCAACACCACAGACCUGGGCCAGAAACAGGAACCGGUUAAUGAUAGGAAUCAAAGGUCUAUGUCGGCACCCCCCACAGAGAAAGGGCAGAGAUUCACCUCCAGUAUAAACAUACCAGUCAACCAACCCCAGCCCGAAGAGAGCGAAAACAUGGCUCAAACACAAACCGACGGUAAAACGACGGAACGGAUCAUUCCUAUCCACAUAGAAGGGAGAGACGAACCGGUCAUGCCCAAAACGGCUCCCCCCACGUUCUCCCAACCGCAUCCUACUUACAACGCGGGCCCACAACCCGAAAGGAUAUUCGGACAACGACCAGAGCACUUCACGCAGUACGUUAACCGGGAACCGAGGCAGUUCGACAAGUGGCAUCGUCCGGGAUUUGAACAGCACCAAGGGUUCGGUCCGGACGAGUUCAGACAGCAGAGAUAUCCGCAACAGAACGUGCCUCCUUACUACCAGCAACAGCAGCAGCAACGCCCCGCGCCCCAGCAACACGUUCCAUCACAACCGCAGCCCAAGGAGGAAAUUCCCAUCCCCGUCCAAAGAGACGGGCCGCAGACCAAACAGCAAGCCCCUCCACAACAAACGCCGCCUCCCCAGCAACCUGCGCAACCAAAACCGGCCCCGCAACAGCAGAAACCCAGAACACCAAUCGACCAGAUCCAAGUCAUCCAGAAAGACGUGUCGGAACUGAUGGGGCAGGUACAGCAAUUUGCCGGGCAGCCCAAGGACAAACAGUAUUUGUAUCUGGACGAGAUGUUGACCAGAAACCUCCUCAAAUUGGACGACAUAGACACCCAGGGUCAGGAAACGAUCAGAUCCGCUAGAAAAGAAGCCAUCAAGUGCAUAGAAAAGGCCAUAUCGGUGUUGGAGGCCAAGGCGGCGGGUAACGUCGAAGCUCCCAAAACCGAAGAAAAAAUGGAGGUGGAGGAGAAGCUGCAAGAACCCGCCGACGGCGCAAACAAACAGACUGAAGUACAAACCAUGGAGACGGAACUGCCAUCGGAAAGUAAACCCGAGGAAAACCAGCCUCAGCCGAUGGAAUUCUCACCGGAAAGCACGAACCAAGAACCAACCUCGAACGAGGAGAAGAAAGAUGAAGAAAAAUCGGCCGAGGAAAAUCCCCAGCCCGUAACUGAAAACAGAGCAGUAUUGGUCACGUCCGAGAACAAAGAAGCCCCCAAAGCUGAAGCGGAGCAGAUGGAAACUAAGGAGAAACCGCCCAGCGAAGCCGCGGAAGGACCGAAGCCCGAAGCGACCGCCGAAGGGCAGGAAAGCAACCUUCCAGUGGCGGAAGCAGUUAAAAAGUUCGAGAGUAAGGAAACCGAGAGCAAAGAAGAAAAGAAACCGGAGGAGAACAAAGAGGGCGCCCAAGUACAACAGGAGGGGGAGAAGGUAGAAAAUAAGAGUGAGGAGGUAAAGGAAGAAAACAAAGGUGAGAAGAAAGCAGAGGAGAAUAAAGAAGAGACAAAGGCGGAAGAGAAAAAGGAGAAGAAGAAGGGCAAGAAGAAAGCGGAGAAGAAGGAGAAGUAGUUGAUCGUAUAUCGAGGAGUAUUGUAAAUGCCUUAAUUUAAAUAAUUAAUCUUGCUUUUACAAAAUCUUUUAAUGUGUAUUAGCUUACGUUUUUUAGUGAGACUGAAUUGUUAUUUUGUAGUUGUCGACUACACUGUAAGGUUUUCCACUCACUUGAAAGUUUUCUUUUUAUACUUUUAACUUAUUGUUUGUUUGUAUAUAUUUCGUUAGUGUCGCACUAAGUCAAGCAUGAUGACUGUGAUUGUUUUUUUUUUUAGAUUCUUUCGUUAAUAUUAACCCCCCGUCCUUAUUUAUUGUAUAUAAAUGUACAAUUAAUAUUUAAUUGUACCUGUACAAAUAAACAAUGUUGGAAGCGAUUUUUUCGUUUUAUUUGGAAAAGCAAGAUUAAGUUUAUAGGAAAUUUUUUUAGGGUUCAAUUAUUCUUUCAGAGGUCACUCCAUGCGAAAUUACGGCAUUAAAAAGUUGUAAAUAGUUCACGUAAACCUAAUUUUUAGUGUUCAAGCCGAAGUUGCUGCUGCUUUUUGUGUGUUAGUACAUCGCCGAUUUUGUGCAUAAUUGUUAUUGUUAAUAAUUACUCUUUAAAUAAAGUUAUUAUAAAAGUU